CUUUUACUUUUGCUUUGAUUUGAUUUGACCUUUAAUGGCUUCCUUAUCUCAUCUUUUUCUAUUUCUUGCUUUGAAGUUGGGAAGAUGAAGAUUCCUCGCUUUUUUUUUUUCCUUUUCUUUUUCUUUGCUUAAUUACUAUUAAUCGUAUGCCGCCAUGUUUGUUCCCACAAUACACCUCACUUCCAGUAAAACUGUAGAUUCCAUGCUUCGUUGGUGUUUGAAACUUUGAAUCUCCGUACACGUUAAUCUCUGCGUUUUGUUUUCAGUCCGUCAUGGCUUGGAAAAAACUGGGUUCGCUUUUCUCUUUUCUCAAUUUCCAGCGUAUUUUGCAGCGGCGGCGACAACAACAGCAGCAGGAGCCGCCGCCGUUGCAGUUGGGGGCCGCCCAGCGCGGCAGACACCCGAUCAAAACACACGGAGCCAAAGUGGCAAGGAACCAUUUACAUGAUUGGCUAAUAUUAAUGCUUCUGGUUAUAAUAGAGGUUGGUUUGUUCGUCAUCCAUCCAUUUUAUCGCUUUGUUGGAAAGGAUAUGAUGACUGAUCUCAAGUAUCCCAUGAAAGACAACACUGUCCCAGUCUGGGCCGUUCCUAUUUUCUCGGUUUUGUUACCAAUCUGUGUCUUCAUCUUCGUGUAUUUCCGGAGGAGAGAUGUUUAUGACCUGCACCACAGCGUUUUAGGCCUGUUGUUUGCUGUACUGAUUACUUCCGUGAUGACGGAUGCAAUUAAAGAUGCAGUGGGUCGGCCACGACCAGAUUUUUUCUGGCGUUGUUUUCCAGACGGAAAAGAUGUUUAUGAUAGAUGGGGUAACGUUGUAUGUCAUGGAAACAAAGCCGACAUAAAAGAAGGACACAAGAGCUUCCCAAGCGGUCAUGCAUCGUGGUCAUUUGCAGGGUUAGGUUUUCUGUCACUGUACUUAUCAGGGAAAGUGAAAGUAUUUGAUCGGAAAGGGCAUAUAGCAAAACUUUGCAUCAUUUUGCUUCCCCUGCUCGCUGCAUCACUAGUGGCCAUUUCUCGAGUUGAUGACUAUUGGCACCAUUGGAACGAUGUCUUCGCUGGUGGUUUUAUAGGCCUUGUGGUGGCUGCAUUUUGCUACCGGCAGUUCUUCCCCAACCCAUACGAUGAUGAUGGAUGGGGGCCUUAUGCUUAUUUUGAUGCACUGUUGGAGGAAUCGUUAAAUGAGAAUGGGGAUGACGCUGCUCUAACCACUAAUGCACUCACUACCCAAACUAUGGAGGUUCCUGUUGUAAAUCAACCACAAUUGAAUUAUGGCUCAAUUUCAAGAUUAGAUGAUAUAGAACUAGGAAGAACGUGAACCACAAGGUUA